AUGGGGAAGAAGACCAAAGUAGGAAAACAGCGGAAAGAUAAAUACUAUCAACUCGCAAAGGAAACUGGUUAUCGUUCCCGAGCUGCUUUCAAAUUAAUACAGUUAAACCGAAAAUUUGGAUUUUUACAAAAGUCACGAGUAUGCAUCGAUUUAUGUGCUGCCCCUGGUGGGUGGAUGCAGGUGGCGCAUCAAAACAUGCCAGUAUCCAGUGUGGUCAUAGGAGUCGAUUUGUUUCCUAUCAAACCGGUUCCUGGUUGCAUCGGCCUCACUGAAGAUAUUACCACAGAAAAAUGUAAAUCGGCUAUAAAGAAAGAAAUUAAGACAUGGAAAGCUGAUGUUGUCCUACACGAUGGAGCUCCUAAUGUUGGUCUAAAUUGGAUCCAUGAUGCAUACCAACAAGCUUGUCUUACUCUUAGCGCCUUAAAAUUAGCAACAAAUUUCUUGAGGGAGGGAGGAUGGUUUGUUACUAAAGUUUUCAGAUCAAAAGACUACCAUGCACUCUUGUGGGUGCUGAAACAGUUCUUUAAAAAAGUUCAUGCCACAAAGCCUCAGGCUUCUCGUAAUGAAUCAUCUGAGAUCUUUGUGGUCUGUCAGGGCUAUAUUGCACCGGACACUAUUGAUCCUAAAUUUUUGGAUCCCAAACAUGUGUUUGAAGAUUUGGACAUAGUGAAGAAACAGCAUAUGAAUAUCUUACAUCCGGAGAAGCAAAAGAAGGCUAAAGCUGAAGGUUACUUAGAAAAUGAUUAUACUACUCAUCAUAAAGUAAUGCUCUCACAGUUUUUGAAUCCAGACCAGGAUCCAAUAGAUUUACUGCAAGGAUGCUCAGAGAUUGUAUUUGAUGAUAAGUCAGUGGAAGAACAUCCUAAAACAACUGCAGAGAUAAAGGAAUGCUGUAAAGAUAUUAAGGUACUCGGCAGAAAAGAUCUGAAGGCACUCCUGAGCUGGUUUAAGCAAAUGAAAGAAUGGAAAGCCUCACAGGUGGUCAAAACUGAUGAGAAAGAAGGCAGUGAUGAUGAAACGAAGGUGGAAGAGACGGAGGACAAUGAAGAAGAUGGUGUUGAUGCAGAGAUUGCUGAACUACAGGAUGAGGAAAGGCGCACAUCAAAACGAAAAAGGAAACAGCUAAAUAAACAAAGGCAGAAGUUGGCUGAGAAAAUGAAUCUGAAAAUGGUGCUCAAAGGUGAUGGUGGACCUAUCUUGGAGAGCAAUGACAUGUUCAGCUUAUCAGACAUCAAGAACGCAGAUGAAUUGGCGCGUAUGAUAGACCAACAACCUGAUAUAGUAGCAGAAGCCAGUGAUGACUCUGAUGAUGAAAUGAAAGUAAAACAAAAGUAUGUCAAGUAUGAUACAGAGUCUUCUAAAUUGGAUUCCUCUGGCCUUUACUAUAAAGAUUCCGACAGCGAACUUGAAAUGGAGUCUGAUUCUGAUAAUGAACAGGAUAAGGAAACUUUGGCAUUUUCCGAUUCCGAUACGGAAAAUAAGAAGGUAGCAAAAAUAACAAAACAGAAUACUUUACUAAAUAGUAAGGUGGCUAAAACUCCGACCAUACCCAAGAACCAUCCUCUUUUGACUGACUUGGAUGAUACUGAUCCAGUCUCCCGGCGCUCUAUGAAAGCAGAGCUAUGGUUCCAAAAAGAUAGCUUUAAAGAUAUUGAUGAGGAUGACGAUGAAGGCGUAGAUUUGGAUAAGUUAGCAGAAACAUACAAAGAAAAAGGUAAAAAGGUUGCAGAAGAUGGUCUGGUCGAUGACAAGAGAGGUAGUUUGAAGAGAAAACUCGAAGAUGAGAGUUCUGAUGAUGACUCGUCAGAUAGUGACUAUGAUGUAGAAGACAAUGUUGCUCCUGCAACAGGAAAGGCUGGACCUGAUACAAGUAAAAAAGACGGAUUUGAAGUUGUGUCACAAGACCCAGAACUAAAACGACUAAAGAAAACUCUUAAAAUGGAUGCUGAGACACUGGCUUUAGGAACAAUGAUAGCAACGUCGAAAAAGUUCAAAAGAGAUCUUAUUGAUGAUGCAUGGAACCGCUACGCCUUCAAUGAUACUAAUUUACCCGACUGGUUUGUUGAAGAUGAAAAGAAACACAUGAAGAAACCAGUCGUUGUACCAGAGAAAUAUACGGAAGAAUACAAGAAUAGGUUGCAAGAUAUCAACGCCCGCCCGAUUAAGAAAGUGGUAGAAGCUAAAGCACGUAAGAAGAAGCGUAUGAUAAAAAAGAUGGAACGUGCGAAGAAGAAGGUGGAGGCGGUUAUGGAAAACGCCGACAUGUCGGAAAGAGAGAAGGCACAACAAAUCAAGACAUUGUAUAAAAAGGCCCAGACAGACGGGAAGAAAAAGGUCACUUACGUAGUGGCUAAGAAACAUACUACAGCCAAGCGGAUGAAACGACCUCAAGGAGUUAAAGGACAUUACAAGGUAGUCGACCCGCGUAUGAAGAAAGACUUGCGCGCGCAAAAGUCAAAAGAGAAAACAAAAGGCCGCGGCAAAAAGGGUAAAUCUGCUAAGAACAAUAAAAGUAUGCCGCCUAAAAAGAAAGGAAAGAAAGCUAAAGCUAAAUAG